AUGAAGGUGGCCCUCGUGAAUUUGCACAUAGUGAAGCAGAAGAAACAGAUGAAUGCACAAAACAACCUUAUAAAUAUGAAGUGUCUUUUACUGUAUACAUGGACUUGGGCGUUGGCCGUUUUGAUGGGAAGUAGAAGAAGCAUGGGGUGCUUGGAAGAAGAGAGGAUUGCACUGCUCAACAUUGAGGCUGCCUUCUACCCCCCCAAUGGGUCUUCUUUUCUGUCGCGGCGGCACAACAGUCUUGGUGACUGUUGUCACUGGGCUUAUGUGGAGUGCGACAACACCACUUUACGGGUGACUCGAUUAUAUCUGAGCGGUACACACGGUUGGAAAUUAGGAGAGUUCGGCUGGGAAAGAGAAGAGUCUCGGCCUUGGGUUAUUGAUGCCUCUUUAUUCCUUCCUCUGGAGGAACUUCAAGUGUUGGAUUUAAGUGAUUUAAAUGGAACACUACACCUGAAGAAAUUGAAGAGGCUAGAUCUAUAUAACAAUGAUCUACAGCAGGUCCCCUCAUUGUACAAGCAAACUUUAGUGGAGGCUCAAAAUUUGUCUUCCAGUCAGCUUGAAGGUGUGCAUCUCGAGGAGCUGGAUCUUUCGCAUAACAGUUUGGUCAAUGAUGAAUUGAAUGGUGCGAAGUCACUGGAAGGCUCACUUUCCCUUGCUUCCAUGGCUAACAACUCUAACCUUGAGGUAUUCCGCCUCCUUGACAACGACAAUCAUCUUGAAGUAAAUACGGAAGAGCCCACUUGGUUUCCUUCAUUUCAACUAAAGGAGUUUAGUUUAUCAAACUGUCCACUCAAUAAAGACACAAAUGGCGUAAUUCCCAGCUUUCUGAAAGAACAACAUGACUUGAGAGUUGUUGAAAUUAGCCACAGUGGAAUGACAGGAAAUUUCCCUAAUUGGCUAUUGGUGAAGAAUUUAUAUCUACGGGAAUUCCAACUCAGAGGCAACAAUUUAUCAGGUGCUUUUGCUUUGCCUUCCAAUUUGAGUCUUGAUGGCAUGAGGCUUUUUGAUGUGUCUGCUAAUUUUAUUGGAGGGGAGCUUCCAUCUUGGAUUGGUUCUAUCCUCCCAGAUUUGCUUUUUCUGAACUUGUCAACCAACUUAUUGAAAGGUAGAAUCCCUUCCUCAAUGGGCAAUAUGGCAGAAAUGUAUAUAUUGGACUUGUCCAACAAUGGCUUUACGGGAGAGAUACUAGAGAUACUAGCUAAAAAUUGUUCAUCACUUAAAGCAUUGAAACUAUCAGGCAACAAUUUGCAAGGCCAAAUGCUACCGAGGUAUUGUAACUUCCCAAUAUUGACAUUUUUGUAUCUGGAUAAUAAUUGUUUCACAGGGGACAUAUCACCUUACAUACUAAAUAGCUCCUCCUUGCUAGUUUUGGAUGUAAGUCAUAAUUUCCUAACCGGAACACUUCCCAAUUGGAUUGGAGAUAUUCAAUCCUUGGAAGGGCUUAUGUUGUCAAGUAAUUUAUUGGGAGGUCCUUUACCAUUGAGCUUUUGCAACUUACAUCAUCUUGUUCUUUUAGACCUUUCAAGUAACAACCUUGGGCCCUAUAUACCCGCUUGUGCCAAUGUUACAGUUAUGAGGUUCUUGCAUUUAACUAAUGACGCACUUGCUGGGCAUUUUCCGGAGUUUCUUUCUGAAGCUUCAUCGAUUGUCACAUUGGAUCUAAGACAAAAUGCAUUGUCGGGUGAGGUCCCUAGCUGGAUUGGUUCACUUCAUAACUUGAAGGUUCUUCUACUACAAGGAAACAAUUUUGAAGGUUCAAUCCCUCUGGAUUUAUGUCUGUUGAAAAACAUGACCAUAUUGGAUCUCUCAAAUAAUAAUCUUUCUGGAAAAAUUCCUCCUUGCUUGAAAAAUUUGACAUUUGGAAAUGAUGGGGUAUCUUCAGACUUUUCUGUUCCCUUGGGCAAAUGGGAUUUGACCACUUGGGCUGGGCUUCGCAGAGAAUACACAUUGGCUUCAACAUUUAAAUUAGAAGAAGUAAACUUUGUGACAAAGAGAAGGUUGGAAUCAUAUAAGGGCUACAUUCUACAACUUAUGUCGGGAAUGGAUCUCUCGAUGAAUAAUUUGACGGGCUUUAUUCCUCUAGAGAUUGGCCACUUGAGUGAACUUCGAGCCUUGAACUUAUCACACAAUCAUUUGAUAGGAUUGAUCCCUGAAACAUUUUCCAAUUUGAAGAAUGUAGAGAGCUUGGAUCUGUCCUACAACAACUUAAUCGGUCCUAUCCCUUCGCAACUAACAAAGCUCUAUGCCUUGUCAGAUUUUAGAGUGGCUUACAACAAUUUGUCAGGCAAGACACCAGAUCGAAAAAAUCAAUUUGGAACUUUUGGUGAAGCAAGUUAUGAAGGUAACCCUCUUCUUUGUGGAACACCAUUAACAAGCUGUGAUGACUCACAUCAGGAACAUGGGACACCACCAUCUUUUAGUCAUACCACAGAGGAUGACUCUUGGAGAGAAGCCUUCUUGUGGAGUUUUGCAGGAUCAUAUAUUGUGGCAUUCCUUGGUGUGGUUCUUUUUCUCUACCUAAACCCGUACUAUCUGGGGCCUUCGCCGGCCCUGUCGCCGUCGAACCCCGCCGUCGCCGUCGCCGUCGCCGAUCUCCUUCCGCGAGAGCUCGAGCCGCCGGUCUCUACCCGCGAGCCCCGACGACCCGCGCCGCCCCGACGCCUAGCCCCCGGAGCCUCGACGACACGCCGCCGCCUGCUUUGGCCCGCGACCCGCCGCCUCCGCCUCAUCUCUGCCCGCGCCUGCAACAGGAACCCCCCGGACGCCGCGCCAAUCCCUGCCGUUGCGACCCACCUCUGCAGAUCUGUCUCCGCCGUCAGAUCCCAAGCCACCGGUGACCCGGAGCCGCAGCUGAGCCGAGAUCCAGCCGCCGGAGUCCCUCCGCCUGCAAAUCCGAGGUCCCCGACGACAGAAGGCCCGGACCCAGCUCGACGCUUCCCUUUCGCCGGUGCCGUGCCGCGACGCUCGCGCCCCGAUCCGAUUCUCUCGCAGGACGCCGCGCCCAACAGCCCGAUCCAAACGCCGGAGCUCCUCAUCGUAGCCACCCGAGGCCUCCCGCCGUCCCUGCAGCGCCCCGCCGGCUGA